AUGCCGCGAGGCACAGCGUCACCCUCUUCUACCUCUGCUGCGUCGCUCGGUCGUGGAGGCACGAUGCUGUUACGACACGCAGCCGUUCGCGAUGCGGCUGCUCGAGCUGCUAGCAUCAGGGGUGCUGCUUGUGGGUUUUUGCACGUCGGCGACAACGACCCAAACGGCCAAGCGCUCUCUCAAGCCCCCCGGCGCUCGGCGCGCCGCCGCCCUCUCUCUACGGAGGCCAACCCGCCCCAACAACAACCAACGCGAGAUCGAGAGCCCCCGCCCCCGCCCCCUCCCGCGCCGCACAAGAGUGGACUGCUCUCCGGUAGCGGAGGCGGUGGUGAUGGAGGCGGCGGCGAAGCUCGGGGUGGUGCGGCCGCUGCUGCGGCUGCUACGGGGGUGACGGUGGACACGACCGGCGGCAGCGGCGGGGGGGGCGAGGACCCUGUCGACCUGCCAUUUCAGCCCUGUGAUGACCAUCUCGAAAAUGGCAGCAGCAACCUUGGUGGUGGUGGUGGUGGUGGUGGGAGUGUUGGGACCUCUUUGGACGAUGCCUGGGAAAUCAACAACAACAGCAGCGACGCAAGAGGGCUGCUGAGGACGCCGGCGGACUCCACCGCUCCGCUGAAUGAUGGCGUAGGGGCGGGGGCGCAAAAUUCUCCAGAAAGUCAGCCUAAGGCAGCGCGCCCGGGGGAUGAGAGGGCGCACAAGAUUUGGGUUACUGGGGGCGGCGUGGGCGACAGCGUCUCAGAGCACGAGUGGGCGGAGAGGGCGGCAGGAUCGGGAAAAGAGGACACCGCCGUCAUUCAGUUUCAUUCCCUUCAGGAGGCCGCUCUCCGCCGCUUUGAAGGCUUAGGGGUGAUCAAAGAGGACAAGGCGGAAGACAUACACACGCUGGUGGAGAGCUUUACAGCCCCCGCGCUUGCGGCCGCUCUGCGCGACCGAGAGACCGCCCUCCAUAUGUGCGCCCAUCUGCUGGAACAGGGAGAUCUGUCCGGUGUCCGGAGGGUUCUCCUCCCCUUCACGGCGAAGCAGGUGGCGGAGAGCCGCCGGGCCUUGGGUCGGCUGGACCUCGAGCCCGAGGGCUUCACGAAGACCCACAUGUACGCGCUCCGGAAGGUGCUCCAGCGGCUGCCGCGCCAUGUCACCACGCUCACCGAGCAGAGGGCUUCCGUGAUGGUCCCGCUGUGCAACGUGGACGGGGUGGCGUCCGUGCUCUUCACUAAGCGCUCGGGUAACAUGAGGGCCUACAAGAACGACGUGUGCUUCCCUGGUGGCAAGGUUGACAUCGGCCAGGAUCAACACAUCAUCGAGACGGCUGUGAGGGAGAUGGGGGAGGAGAUUGGCAUUCUUGAGUCUUCGGUUGACGUGCUCGGAGUCCUUCGCUGCGACUGGUCCGAGGUGGCUUCCCUGAUCGGCGUCGCGGUCACCCCCGUGGUGGGCUUCUUGGGAAACCUUUCUCAGGAGCAGAUCCACCCUAAUCCCGACGAGGUUUCACAUUGUUUUACGAUUCCCGUUCGUUUCCUGCUGGAAGAGGACAGGUGGCAGGUGGACAAGUACGCGGCGCCCGCGUUUGUUGGUGGUCCGUACCAGAUCUGGGGGCUGACGGGCUACAUCUUGCAUCGCCUGGUCAACGACGUCUUACGCCAGCACCUGGCCGUCAAGUAGUCUUGGCGCUACCAUCACCAUGGGAAACUCUUGCAAAUCCUCGCGACUCCGUCGAGCGUGCGGGUCGAGGAGAAUUCGGUUGGUUUCUGCGCAGCGGUUGCUGUUAUUCUCUUCCUGCUUGGGUUUCGUUGUUGAAGCAGCUGUAGGGGGGGUGUCGCCGCAUGCCGGGAUAUUGCCACGUAGAACCACUGCCACAACCAAGUAGUUAAGGCGAAGGCUGGCCGACCCCCCGCAAUGAGCCCCGCGUGAGCGUAUUCUUUGUAGACUUCCCCGCUUGUAGAAGACCCUCGGCGCAAUACAGCCGAGCACUAGCGCCCGUGGCGGCGAUGCGACGUCAUUCGAUUCGAUACAGGUACGAGUCAAGCGGUGGUCCGUAACGCGUUGGUUUGUAGUUUACCGCCUUUGCGUUGCGUCACUCACUCUUUUUGUCUUGAUGCCUCUCGAUGGAUGCCAGG